GCGACUCCACCGUUUGCGAUCAACUAGGAUUCAUCUCAGGAUGUCCCGUUAAAUAUCACCCUAUUAAGUUAUAUGAGCACCAUUAAUCUAUCCCUAUGAUCUCGUACUUCGGAGGGUGCAUUGUCACUUCUGUGAAAGUGUAGUCGCCGUGGUACUUCUAAAACCUCCGCUCUCAUAUAUAUACGAAAGCGCAACUCAUUGCUUCGCAAUAUUGUCUCGCUAGACCUUCAUGAUGGCAGAGCAUACUCUCGUCAUUUUACCACCUCCACAUGAUAUCAGGAGGGACCUUCAGCUCAAUAUGGGACUUCAAGACGACCAUGACACCUUUAUAGCUCUAACGGGACUCUUGAAGUCCCUGAUACGUCGGAUGUUAGACACUAACGUAUCCUACUCUGACCAAAACAAGGAGAAAUGGCAAGAACUUGUCAACAAGGCUUGCGAUGCGUACCCGUUUCUCCAUCGCUAUCCUGAUGCAUGGCCUGUCAAGGCAUUUGCUCAGAGAUACCUAGGCUCCAAGGUCAGGCGCUUGAAGAAAGCAUCUAAGAAUAUCAAUACAUCUGGUCACUUCCGAGUCCAGAACAAGUCUGCUGGAAACAAUAGCUGCCCCAGACAAAAUGGCCUUCAGACUCGAAGUCAGUCUAUGCUUGAGAACAGAGCAAGGACAUCUAGGACAAAUAUGCCCGGCAGUCAAGCGGACAUAAAUGCUCCCGUCUUUCGGGACUUCCUUCAUGGCCUGGAGCUGAAGGAUGACAUUGACGAACUGCUUCGUCGCCUUCUCAAAGCAGGCAUCACUGAUCAAGAUUGCCUACUUGAGACCUUGUCAUGGUCAGAAUCGGACCAAUACCUAUUAUUCAGGAUAGAUAUAGGCCUGUCGAGCUUUCAUCACAGAUCUCUCGUUCGGAAGCUUCGCGCGAAAGUUGCCGCAAAGGAUGUUUGAAUCUCAGUAACUCAUCCAUAGCUAUCGUGGGACAUGCCUUAUUCUUCUACUUCUUGAUACAGGGACGUUUGCAAUAUCCGACUAUGGAUCCAUUAUCUGUACAGUAUAUGCUGUAGUCCGCGAAAAGCUACAUGCUCCAUCUUCGUGACUCCACCAUCCGCUAACAGCACAUUUGCCAAAGUCAUAGAUCCUCUAGU